AUGUGGCUCGUUGAGGUCAAAAUCAUUUGCUGGUUAUUUAUAAGUGCAGGUCCCAGAGAGCUGUGUGGUGCCGUGGAUCUUAUAUCUCAAUACAAACUAGUGCAACACCAUGAAUUCUUUUGCAAAAAAUCACUUCCCGCGUCUCUAUCAGAUGCGCAUUAUCUUCAUAACGUGGUUGGGGACACAGAGAUCAGAAAAGGUGAAGGCAUGCAAUUAGAUCAGCUUAUUCAGGACACGUCACAGAUCCGGGAGACGAGUACCCGCAUCCAACCUUUUGAUAUGGAUGAGCUUAAGGAGGCUUUCCAACUACAUGAUAUGACCCCUGUUGAAUUGCCUCUUGUUAGAAUCUGCUCUCUCUUGGCAGAAAAGGGAGCUCCUACGAUUGCUUCAAAGUCAAAAAGUGAGUCGAAAGAUAAAGACAGGAAGCAUAGAAAACACAGGGACAGGGAUAAGGACAAAGAUAGAGAGCAUAAGAAGCACAAACACAAGCAUAAAGAUAGAAGCAAAGAUAAAGACAAGGACCGAGACAGAAAGAAGGACAAAAAUGGCCACCACGAUUCAGGCGAUCACUCUAAGAGACAUCAUGAUAAGAAAAGGAAACACGAUGGAGAUGAAGAUCUUAAUGACGCUCAAAGGCACAAGAAAAACAAGCAUAAGAGUUCAAAGCUUGAUGAGAUGGGUGCAAUAAGGGUUGCUGGCUAG